UUCUACUGUGUUUACGUUACGGAAUCCUUGCGUUUUGAAUCUAAUAUAAUAAACUAUCCUCUUCCCAAUAUAAAUGCACAUACAGGGUUAGUUUCGUUGUCAUCCUUAUCUCCCUUAAGUUAUUAAAGAAGACAAAAAACACAGUAGCUACAGCAAGCACCCAUGGAACUCAUGAACCUUGAUUUAAACUUGGAUUUUGUUCCUCAAAAAAUUAAUGAUUUUCUUGGGGAAGUUGCAAGAACCAGAGGGAGAUCUCAGAGGUUAUUCAUGCUUGGUGAUUACUGUAAGAGAUUGGAGGAUGAGGUGAAGAAGAUCCAAGGUUUUGAACGUCAGCUUCCUCUCUGCAUGCUUAUCUUAAAGGAUGCUAUUGAGAGGGUGAAGAAGGAGUUAAUGCAGUGCUCAAAACCGCAACAACGCUCUAAAACUCAAAAAUUCAUGGACUUGAAGGGUGAUUCAGAAGAAGAAGUUGAAAGGAUAGGUUUAAAUGACUCCAGUUCUAAAAGAGAGUGGAUGAGUUCUGCUCCGAUUUGGGGCUCUGAUAUCAACGAUGAUCUCAAACAGGUGUACUCAGCAUCAGAAACAAAUAUGGAAAGUGAAGAAGAAGAUCUGUCUGCUAUCGAGAACCCAGUUCAGGUUAGUGAUGACAGGAACAGAGAGGCGGCAUUUGAGGAAGAAUCUGAUAGAGAGGUUGUAGUUGAACAAGGAAAGGAGGUUUCACUAGCUCUUGCCACCCGUCGAGGCAAAGUUAGCCGAAUGAAGUUCGUGUACACAGCAGAACAACUGUUAUUUGUGCCCAAGAAAGCAAGGAGGACCUGGCCGCCUGAACUUCACAGGCUCUUUUUGGAUGCACUUGAACAUCUUGGAGGAUGGCAAGCCACUCCUAAGAAAAUAAAAGAAUACAUGAAAGUUGAAGGGCUCACGUCUGAUGAAGUAAAAAGCCAUCUGCAAAAAUACAGACUUCACGUCAGAAAUUCUUCAGUUACCAAAGUAAAUGAAAUAUGGAUGGCUCAUGGAGAGCUAACAAACCUGAGCAUGUUCAGGGCUUGUUCUCCACAGUGCCUUGCCCUUGGAAGAAGGCCUGAAGCUCAUCAUCAAGACUGAUGAUGGUUGGGAACCGAGACUGGGCCACGAUCAUCCCCUAUGAAUUUUGCAGAGAUGAAAAUAUUUAUAUGAACGUGGAAGUCAUAUUAUUACCAUAAAUAAAUACAUAAUAUAGCUGACUAGCAGAGGGCUUUAAUUUAAACACAGCACUUUCGAAAGGAGAUUUGCAGUUGCCGACAUCAUGAAACAAAUUAGUUGUCUCCUUAAUUUGUUCCUCUGUUAUUUAAGAAUAACGGUUACUGUUAUGUUAUGUGUUAAUGUUUGUCUAUGGAUUUGUAAGGAUAUUUCUAGAGUAUUUUCUAUAUAAUGUAUGUUUAAUCUAAACUUUGAU